UUGAGUUGUGCGCUGUUAGGUUUUUAUUGUAUUAUUAUGUGCAUAAUUUACUGUAAUGACUUUCCAAUAAUAUCGAGUCCGAAAGCACGGUGCUCGUCGACGUUUUAGUUAUUUUAUUUUUGGUACGAUUCAGUUGGAUUUUGUAGAUUCAGAGUGUCACAAUAUUGUUUCUACUGUAGGUACCUAUUUAUCGUUUAUCACUUUCUACCGAGACCACCACCGAUUAGCUUAUAAUAAUAUUGUAAUCUAAUAUUAUGAUAUAAACAUCAGAUUUUAUCUUCCUUGUUUGUGUCUUUGCCAAAUAUUUAUCAAUUUUCUACAGAAAUACUAUUCGCCCGUCUUACAUAAUAGUUGAUGUUUAAAUUGUACCCAAUAAUUAUAAUACAUCUAUACUUAAGAAUGAUAUUUUCACUUUUUAGUCAAAAGGUUAUUAUUUUAUCAGUAGACAGGUAGAUUGUCUAGCUCUCCGAUUUUCUCCGUGAAUCUGCUUAUCGUUUGUCGGGUAAUUAGUAAAAUGUAUAUAGUUAUUGGGAUUUAAAUCGGACGUAAAAUAAUUUUCAUUAAUCAGUGUAUUGAUUUUGUACAAAACGUGUUUUGUCUUAAAAAAUUAUACAAAUAUAGGUAAUUAUUAUAAUAAAAUCGAGUAAUUAAUAUUUUAUUUCGAGGGGGUUAUUCAACGGUGGUAAGACCCUCCUCCAAUCUUCGCUUAACCCAAAGUCCUCGGCGAACUACAGUCGUUAUUAUUGUAAAACCGUGUUGACAUUGUACGAGAUUAUUCGAGUUUGUAUGUAAUAUUCCGCGGGACGAAAAUACACCAGGUGCGUAUUGAAUUUCCCUACACACAUCGUCGGACGAUAAUAAAAGCAAUAAAGCGCGAUCGGCGAGCGACAUUUAUCGAUCGCGAUAACAAUAUUAUUUUAUUAUUACUCGUCCAGUUUGGAGGACAGGAAUAUUGUUAUUUUUCCGAUACUCGUGUGGAUGAUUACACGUUAUUAAUACAGCUGUAGAGGCACUCGACGCGCGCGCGUAGUCGAUCGUAAUAAGCCGUCACACGACGAUAUUAAAUUAUUGUGUAUUCCAACAGUUUUUGUUUUUCGAUUUACACUUAGGUCGCGAAUUAUUUUGGUGAACACUCGUAAAUGAUUUUCUACUCUGUAAAUUCGCCGCCGCGUGUUGCACGUUAUUAUAUUAUUGCUGUACUUGUAUUGAUAUAAUAAUAUCCACUACGAACACUUUCGAUGCGCAAGAUUUCAAAUUCUCGUAUCUACACGUUUCCUGGCGGCGGCGGGACCAUGCCGUAUUUGCUACCCGCGAACGUAGUCAUGGAGAUGCAGAUCAGCAACGCGUCCGAGUUCCCGUUGUACCACUCGAUGGCGACGGGACCGCACUCGUUCCAACUGCCCGGCGCCAUACCGCCCGUCAGCACCAUACCGUCGUACAAGAACACCAUGUUCCCGGACAGGCUGGGCGGCUUCUAUUACGACUCGGCGGGCGUCACCCACGCCAUGCCGGCCGAACGGUGCGACCGGUGCUACGUCGAACUGUCGAUGAUCAGCAGCGGCCACCACUUCGGCAAGAAGCUGUGCGGCAUGUGCGCGGCCAAGGAACAGCAGGUGUCGCCCAAGGUGGAGACCGAAAUCCUGGACCUGGACUCGCAACAGGUCAUGUCGCAGCAACAGCAACAGCAGCAACAACAACAGCAACAGCAGCAGCAGCAACAGCAGGACACGACCAAAGCGUUCUUGCAGCACGGCGGCGUCGUCGUGCCGCCCGGUUACGACAGGCCGCCACAACCGCCGCCUCCGCCGCCGCCCGCGGUCGAGUGGCCCGGUUACUUUCAGCCGCAACAGAACACGCUGUCCGGCGAACACCUGUCGCCCGACUACAACAACGUGUCGACCACGACCACCACGCCGCCGACGAUGAUGGGCGGGUCGCCGCCUUCCGACAUGCAACAGCAGCAACAGUACCAGGCCAACUUUGACGGUGGCGGGUACGCGGUGGACUCGAACCAACAGCCCGGCGGCGGAGGGAGUGGUAACGGCGGCGGCGGGUCCGGGUCCGGGACCAAAGGUAACGGAUCGUGGAAGUCCAACGAGGCCCGGCGCGCCAAGACGUACGAGUGUCCGGCCUGCGACAAGUGGUUCACCAGUUCGGGUCACCUGAAACGGCACUACGGCACGCAGUUGCACAAGAACGCGGUCAAGCAGAGCGGCAAACCGGAUCCCGCGCUCCUGCCGAUGAAACAUCACUAUCACCCGUACAGGGACCCCGCAUACGUAGCGCAACAGAAGCUCAAGCAGCAGCAGCAGAACGGGUCGUCGUUGCACAAGCAACAGUCGUCCAUGAUGAUGCCAGCCGACUUCCGCCCCGUCACGUCCACGUCAUCGUUCAACACCGAUUCUUUUUUAGAGCUGACUCCCCCAAACCUGACAGCAAGCCUCUCGGACAGUUUGGGGGGAACCCAAUUCCUACCGGCCCGUCGGCCGGUCAGCAACAGCAGCAGCAGCAGCAACAGCAACAACAGCAGUACGGCAGGUUUCACGGACGAGAUGCAAGUUUCUUCUUACCCCAACAGCAGCAGCAGCAACAAAUACCGGGCGGACCUAACGGUGGUCCGUACGGCGGCCCUCCGCCCGGCCACGUCGUUCCCCGGCCACCGGCAGUCGACGGCGGGUCAACAAGCGCAUUCGGCAUACCUGCACCACCCGAUCACGGAUACCAUCCAGCCAUACACCACCCAGGGUUCUAUGAUCCAAACAACUACCAACACGGAUUUGUACACCACUAUGCCCGACAAUAACGGCCGCGGUGGCCACGUGUACCACGUCCACCACCACCAUCAUCAACCCGACCAGCAGCAGCAGCCGUCGUACCAUCACGACAACGCGACGGCGAUCGUCCGCAAUCCACAUCAACACCAGCUGCCUCCUCUGCCGCCGUCGCACCACCACCACCACCAGCAACAGCAGCAGCAGCGAAACGUCGACUAUCAACAACCGUCGUCCACGACCGUGCCGCCUCCGUCGUCGUACCAACAACCGCAGCCUCAGCCGCAGCAAAACCAUCAGCGCCAGUUGCACGUGCUGCAGCAGCGCAACAUCAAACAGGAACCCGUCGAACUGAUCGAGUACAGCAACAGCAACGUCGACGACGCACCGAUGGCCAGCCCGGACUCGAGCAUAGAUCACCAUCACCACCAUCAUCAGCCGCCGCAACACCACCAACAGAUGCACCACUAUCGCCCUCAGUACCAGGGCCUGCUGGUGGUGGCGCCCAUAUCGCCGCGGUCGCCGCCGCCGUCCAUCCCUCUGCCGCCGCAUCACGCGAUCGUCGCAGCCGACGACGACACCAUGGUCAGCGACAGCGGCGGUUCCGUGGACCUGGACACCGGUUCGCCGCCCGCCUUCAACGGCGGCUGCGCGGAACUGUCGUCGUCGUCGCACUCGUCGUCGUCGCUGGCCAAAAAGUUCCGGAAAGCGACGCGCGUCACGUGCGACCUGUGCAACAAGGACUUCACGGACAAGUGUUACAAGACCCAGCACGACCAGCGGUUCCACAGCGGCGAGAAGCCGUACCGGUGCGGCGUUUGCGGCAAGCGGUUUGGCGAGCACAAGCAGCUGCAGGUGCACGAGCUCCGGCACAACGACAGCAACAAGGCGUUCCCGUGCACCGUGUGCACCAAGAGCUUCAACUUCAAGAACGACCUGGACCGGCACUUCAUGUCCAGUCACUCGGCCGACAAACCGUACCAGUGCGUGCAGUGCGAGAAGAAGUUCGUGCGGCUGGACCACAAGCGACAUCACGAGAAGACGCACGACGACGCGGUGGAGAAGACGAAAAAGAAGAAGAGGGCCGCGGCGGCCGACAUGAUGACGUCCGGACGUUACGGUGCGGGCCACCAGCUGCUGAUCGCCGACGACCAAUCGUAAAACACCACACACCACACACACGUAUAUUAUUUGCACGAUCGCGCGAUAUAAAUCGCGUUUUUUUAAAUUUUAUGGUCUCCCCCGUAAGCGCACGUCAACGAUUACGAGGUAUAUAUAAAAAAAAAAUAAAUAAAUAUUGUCGCGGGAGUAGGCGACGCGACGACACACCGUCAAUGUAAAUUGUAUUAUUAUUAUAAUUUUUUUUUUUUUUUCAUUUUUAAUUUCGGUCGAAACGACGUUGUAGUACACGCUAUUCGUGUCGCGCGAACCACCGGCGGAAUACCGUCGACACGUCGGCAGAAAACGUAUAAUAUGACUUUGUGUAGGUAGGUACUGUAUAAUAUUAAAAACUAUACUCGUAUCGAUUUACUAUUACUAAAAUCGCGUCGAUUUUUUCUGAACCUGACCGGGUCCGGUAUUCCGGCACCGUGAUUUUACUAGUGAAAAUAAUAUUUUUCGAAAUUGACCGGCAUUAUAAUUUAUGUUGUACAUAACAAUAAUAAUAAUAAUCCUAAAUCCAGGGGCAUUACAAUAUUGUUAAGAAUUUAUUAUUAAUAUAUUUUACAGCCCGCAUCAAAAAACCGACUACAACCCUACCCCAACUUCCCCCCCCCCA